UAUACUGCACGGAGUCGAUUAUUGGUGUGUUCUCUGAUUAGAGCCCAGAAAGUGUGGCGGCGUCCACGGAACACGUGUGUGGAUAAAUAUAUCCAACAUACCUAAGAAUGGAUGAUACGACUGAUGAUAAAUCAAAAAAAGCACGUAAGCGGACCUCAAAAAAGGAGACUGAAACUUCAACGAAAAAGGCGAAAAUCAAUAGCUCUAUCGAGGAAGUAAUUGAAUAUGAUGUAAAACGACAAAACAAUGAUUCUGAUAAAAAUGACAUGAAAGACGUUGUUUGCGAUGACCAGCAGGAUAUAUUUAACGGACAAUCUUUCAGAACGCUUUUUUCUUCUUCUAAUAACUUAGCCGCUCUAAGGAAGUUCGUGACAAUAUGCAAGGAGAACAAAGAAAAAAAUCUGGCAGCAGAGUACCUGCACGCUGGUGGCAGUGUCUUCGAAAUUUUAAGGCUGUUAGAGUCUUCUGAUAAGAAAAGUACUUCUAUUGCUACCACUGUCUUUUCUACAACCUAUAUUUUACUAAUGAGGAUUUUGACGGAAUGUCCUCAAUACCGAAAUAGUGCAAUAGAAGCUUGUCGUCACUUACUAAAUUCAUACAUGUCUAUCGUGUAUUCUAUGCUUUCCAUUCAGAGCAAUGCCAAGCAGCGUAAAGUAAUAUUGAAGCUACUAGCGGCAAUAGCAUCUCUAGAUAGCAGUUUGUCCAGAGAGCUGCUUAUCCAUCUAUCGUUGCAACAACAAACAUUAGAGAAUCUGGUACAGCAAAUCAAACCCAUGGAUUCUCAAAGUGUCAGAACAUGUUUCAUUCAUUUUGUUCUUGCUUUUCUCGUGGAAGGGAACGCGCUAGUGAUCAGAACACUCUUGGAUAAGCGCAAUUUGCUUUGUUGCAUCUUCUCAGAACUGCUGUACGAUUCAAAAGACAUCGUCACCUUAGUUCUGACCACUGUAAAGACGUACGUGCUGGAGAAUAUUGGUGUUAGUAAAACGACAAAGUUACAUGUAUUUUCCACAUCUACUGUAUUGAAUCUGAUAUCAUUGUACAAUUGGAAAGGUCCCAACAAUUGGCCUAAAAACAAAACUCACAGUUGUGAUGACAGUGAAAAUUUUCUAGCAGACAAGGAGGUUAUUAGUGACAUAGUACAUGAAUUCUUAGUCACUUUGUUAACGUCGCAUCGUUAUGGAAUUAUUUUCCAUGACCGAACAUUGGGUAGUUCACGAAAUAAGCACAAUCAGCUGAUACAUACAGUUCUUCAGAACUUGGAGAAACCUUGGGAACAUGAAAAGCCAUCAAAUUUGAUUGUUAGGAUACUGAGUGCCUGCCCGGAUCUAAUUCGUUCGCAAUAUAAUGUGAUUGAGUCAUUUCUUGAACCUCGAGUUUCAUCCAAAUGGAUUUGUCUUCUUAAAUUUAUAGGGAAGAUAGUGAAAUCAAUCAAUCCGGUUAAUAGUAUCAAAACUUGCUCUGUGGAAAUGAAGGCAAACAAUUUGAUAAAUGCAUUACUUUCUCUGACAGUUCCAAGCACGAUUGUAAAAGUCGCUAUCUUACCAGGAUUAGAUCACGACAGUCUUUCUGUUAGACACGAGGCAUUAUCUCUUCUCCUAACAAUGACUAACCAGCUGAAAGCCAUUUCUUUGGCUACACAGGAGUUCUAUAAAACAUCUAUAAUUCAAAAUCAAAUAACUCAUUUUAUUUUGAGAAUUGUCCCUUCUUUGGAAAUUAUAUUACGAAUGUGGAACCGAGCUUUUGAAAAAGACAUAAAAGCUUCGGAAAACGCGGAAAGUAUUCAGAGUCCAGAAUUGGUGGAUCAUCUUGAUACUAUUUUGAGUGUUCUUCAUUCAUAUCAGGAUAUAUGUCCAGAAUUAUUGGAUAUUUCAACAAAUUUACAAUCGAAUUUUUUGCUAUCGAGUUUAAAUAAUCUCCAAGAAGAAGGAACUAUUAAGAUGGAGAAAGUAAAUCACAUGAAAGUCAAGACAAUACAAUUUCUACUUGCUUUGGACUCUUCUAUUUUUGCUCCUAAAGAAAAAGCUUUUAAAGAAGCUCUUGUCUUCUUGAUAUCUCUGAUCCGUCAAAAAGAUUCAUCACCGGAUAGUUACAAUGCUAUUAGAACGCUGCUACAUACAACAGAUUUGUUCGAAACUUGUGAAGAUCAGCUGGAUAUUUGGAUCAAUGGCUUUUCAGUGGUUGCGGAUUUUGAAGAGAACGAGCAAUUGACGCAGUGGUUUAUGUCUGUUUUGAAAAGCGCCGUUAAACACAUUGACAAGUAUGUAAAUAUUAUAACACAAGCAGAAGGAGCGAUAAAUGAUCAAAUAGCUAAUUUCAACGUUACAAAAACGGAGGAUAUAAUUAACGAAUUGUUUGAUAAAACCAACAAAAUCACCAGUCCCUGCCAAGAAAAAUUUUCUACAAUAACAUCGUCUUUAAUCAACGGACAAUUUAGUUUUGAUGAACGAAAAAUUGAUAUAAUCGAUAACAGUUUUAAAUUUAAUCAAGAAAAUUCGAAAGAUACUAUUAAAUCUAAAUAUAUAACACAAAAGAAUGACCAAGUGACUAACUUUGAUACAAAGGAGAUAGAGGAUGUAAUUAAUCGAUUACUUGAUAAGGCAAAUCCAAAGAACUUUCCUUCUAAUAAAAAUCAUCCUCAGAAAUUCUUAUCUACAUCAAUAUCAUCUUUAACAAAUGAAUUUACUAAUUCCGAUGAAACUGAUGAGGCAAUUCAUACUCUCUUUAACAAUUUUGGUAAAGAAAAUCCUUGUAGAAUGCAGGCUUGCACGGCAGUCUCACCACUUUUAUGCUGUGCAUUGCAAAAGAUGAAUGAGAAAAAUUGUGCCACAAUCUUAGCUUAUUUAUCUUAUGUGAUGGUUCAUACUCUGCACUAUCAAGUUGUGCCUGAUCUGCUGGCUUACAUGGCAACAGAUUUGACCAACUUGCCAAUUUAUAAAUACUUGCAGAAUUGGUCAAACAGUAAACAACCAAUUUCCUUGAAAAACAAAUUAUCAUCUUUAAGCUUAUUGUAUAAACUGAGUAAUAUGUUGCUGGCAGAUUCCAAGAUGGACGUAACUGAAUUUUCUAAACUGUUUAAUGAUGGUCAUUCGACGUAUUGUUUUAAAUAUGGCGACAAAGAAGUCACUAUUAAGCAUUCUUUAUCUUUGUACGAUGUUAAGACUUUGUUGAAGAUGACAGUGUUUUAUUUAGCACAGCUAGCGCAGUCGAAAAUUUUACGGCAGGCCCAAAAUGAAAAUUGCAAGCUUGUGCUUGUGUUUUUGUUAAACAUAUCACAAUCUAUUGAAUUGAAUCAAGAAAAUGCAGUAAUACUUGAAGAAAGCGCGAGAUAUAUCUUCACUCAUCCUAUUUUGCUGCAUUAUUUCUCGCCAUUUUGUGGAGAAACUUCGAAAAAUUCGGUGGAAUAUAUGAUCGUUGAAACUAUUCUAAAGAUCUGCGAGUCUAUUUUGCAUUUGUGUGAGAAACAUAAUGCAGAGAUCUGUAAUAUUUUCUUUGCGUUUAGAAGUAAAUUCCUCACGCAAUUGGAGAAUAUUAUUGAGAAGAAUCCUUUGGAAACUUGCACUAAUAAUUAUGAUAUUGCUAUUGAAUUAUUGAAGAUAUUGCAGCUUGAAUCGAAAGACAUCGCGAGCUUGUUGUUCGCUUUGAUGAAGUUGGAAAAGAGCACUUUUAUUUCGAGCGACAAACAAAACUUGUCCGUAUUUGGAUACAUCGUUCCGGUAUUGCUGGACAUGUAUUGCAAUAAAGAAUCAAGAUUGCGUGAUACGUUGAACGAACAGUUUGUAGAAAAGUUUAGCUUGCAUUUGAUUUAUUUAAAGUCUAGUAAGAUAAAUCACAUGGAUGGAUGGGAGAAAGCACUGGCAAGAUACUUGUCCACUUUUUCACACAAUAUUUCCGGUAUCAGUACCAACAUUUUUGCACAAUUGCUAACAAAAAGUAUUACCGCGUCUACGGUCCAGCUGAUAACUACCUUGAUCACCAAAAAUACUAGGCUGAUCUCAUCGUUGAUGAAAUACUUUCUCAAGAUAGAAAAUGUGAAGCAAGGAGACGUUGUGUUUCCCAUACUGGGCAGCAGUUUAAAAUACAAAUGGAAUGAAAAGUUUCUUCAAAGUCUUUAUGAGCGUUACGGCAGCGACAUUGCCGCGUAUAUAACCGAGUCACGAAAUCCCGUUCCUUGGAUCGAAGAAAAUGCAGCAGCAAUUGUCUACCUCAUCGAAAGCACUUUCGAUCUUGCUCUGUGUGGGAGAAUCUGCAACACUGUUUCUCAAAACGGCGAUAAGUUGGAUAUGGUGUCCAUUUGUUUCGUGCAAUUGCUAGAAAGUGUAUAUAAGAGAUACGAAAAUUUAGUAACGACUAAAAAGAAACCUUUGAUGGAUCUAAUAAGGGUAUUGCUGCAUAUAAUGACAUUGACGUUAAAAAAGGAAUCAAAAAAUCUACAGAAGAUCAAAAUCUUAUGCGGGAAGCUAAAUGAUGUAGUGAUUCGUUUGAAAGAAGUGGAAAAUAACUUCAUCUUCAGUUCAUUGAGCAAGAGUUACUCGUGGCCGCAGUUUACCAGAUUUUCCUUAAAGUUAGGUCUAAAAGAUGCUAAAGACGAGGCGACUCAAUCCAAUAUAUUGAAAACUCUGAGCAAUUUAUGUGACAUUACUUAUGGAGAUAAUAUUGAUAAUGAAUAUGCGAAGACAUUGUUUGAAAUGACAAUGUCCCAUUCAGAGUUUGUUAAUAUUAUGCUUGGGUCAUCCUUUAUUAAAAGCGAUCUGGUCGAAUUAUUAAGAAUACUUACUCGAAAGAAUCGUUCUGUAAUGACUAUUUCGCACGUACCUCUUUAUCUCGCAGCUUACAACGCUACGCUUUGCCACGUAGAUCAGCGUAUUUUGCAGAUUCUCCAGUAUUAUGAAACUCAUAAUGUUAAGCUUCAACAGUACUGGCCAUAUUUGUGGGGGAGCGCCGCAGCAACACGUUACAGUGUAAAGGGAGAGACGGAUACUGCACUGUGGAGACAACCUUCCACUUUCGAAGUCUUUAACUUGUUCAAUAAGGACAUUGUCAAUGAAACUAUAAAAAAUUAUCCUAUACACAGAACUAUGAAAAGUAAUAAAUUAUAUAUACACAAAAAUAGUAAUGUGUACGAUCCAGCAUUUUAUCUGCCAUUACUGUGUACUUUAUUAGCAGAAAAUAAUAUCGUUGCGUGUUAUAAAGUGAGCCAGAGUGGUGCAUUGGCGUUAGUACUUGCUGCAUGUUGCAGUGAUUCGAACGAUAUUCGGAUGACAGCAUAUACCAUUAUCUCUAGAUAUUACUUUCAUUUGGAAGCAUCCAAAUCUAAAGAAAAGUUAUUAUGGAUGCGUCUAAUUGAUGCUUUGCGAAAUGGAGUUUUUUCCUUAAAAUGCCAAUUGAAGGAUAUCCGCUUGAGUUGUCUGAUGACUACCUUCUUAGCUAGAGCCUCGUUAAUUGCCACUCAACCUCUGCAUCCUCUUUAUUCGCCGUUGCACACCUUCUUAAUGGCCAAAACCGCUCUGGACCUAAAUACCAUACCGGAACUGCUACAGUUGUUGCAUAGCUCGCAUGUGGAGCAUAAUGCGCAUCGAUAUUGGAUUUUGGAGAACAUCCGAGAUGGUAUGAAGGGAGAUAACGAUGUAAACGUGGCUCUGAAAUGCAUGUUGUUCAAAAUUCUUCUUGAUUUUCACACUUGCGUAUUGUCGGAUGCCAAGACCAAGAAACUAAUUUUGGAAAUCAUCGCCUCUACUACUAAAAUUCCCAAAGCAUCCUUAUUCCUUGCAAGAGGAUAUGGCAUACUUCCUUGGCUGCACGAGAUUGUUAAUCAUUCGGAUAUUUGUGAAGCGGAAAUUAAAGUUAUUAUUACCAUAAUUGAGAAUCUGUUAAAUACCUUAGAUAAUUCGGUACAAAAUAUAAGUCAUUACAAAUCUCUGUUAUUUAACAUCCUUUUAUUAUUGCAAAUGUAUUUAAAGAAUAGACAUAAAAUUUGUCCCAUGUGA